CAGUGUGAAAGUUGGAAAACUCCUCCCUCUUCGGUCUAUUCCGAGGUGGAACCGACCGACACGGUUCCCAGACCUACCUGUAGAACAAGGAGGUGUUCUACUGAACACUUACGGUUUUUCUUUUGCUAUACAUUCUUGACAUACUACAUAUACACAACAAACGUAAUUUAUUUUGAACUUAUUAAAUCUUGUCAUGGAUACAUGCAUUUAUUAGCCUUCACGUAGGCCAAGGCCUAUUUGUUCAAUAGGAUAUUGUAUUUGCAAAAAUCUAAGAUAUGAUAAUUAUGACUAUAUAAAUAUUAUCUUACGUGUCAGGCUUUAUGAACAAUGGGUUUAGGUCAGAAGACCAGAAUAUGUUUUGCAAUUCCAAUGGUCAUUCUUCCUGACGUCGGUAGAGAGCAGCACUCCAACAUUAUGCACAUGACUGGAUAUGAGGCAGAAUCCAGAAGCUUUGUGGCUGAGGACCUGAAUCUGUCUGUGGUGGGAAGGUCCUUCAUGAUCACAGGAGCCAACAGCGGCAUAGGGAAAGCCACUGCCAUGGCCAUUGCCAAGAAAGGGGGAACGCUCCACAUCGUGUGCAGGAACAAGGACAGAGCUGAGGACGCCAGGGCGGAUAUUGUCAAGGAGUCUGGCAACACGGAAGUACAUGUCCACAUUCUGGACAUGUCUGAAACGCGUAAGGUGUGGGAGUUUGCAGAGGCCUUCAGGAAGCAGUAUCCAUCUUUAAACGUGUUGAUCAACAAUGCUGGCUGCAUGGUGAACAAGAGAGAAGUGAACACAGAGGGACUGGAGAAAAACUUUGCCACCAACACUCUGGGUGUGUACAUCCUCACACAGAGCCUACUUCCACUCCUGCAGAAAAGCAGAGACCCGAGAGUGAUCACUGUGUCCUCAGGGGGAAUGCUGGUCCUGAAGCUGUGCACAGAUGACCUUCAGUCAGAGAGGACUCGCUUCGACGGCACCAUGGUCUAUGCCCAGAACAAGAGACAGCAGGUGGUGCUAACUGAGUAUUGGGCCAAAGCCAACCCUGCCAUUCACUUCUCUGCCAUGCACCCAGGCUGGGCCGAUACUCCAGCUGUUGCCACGGCGAUGCCUCAGUUCCACCAGAUGAUGGGAGCCCGUCUGAGGAGUGCAGAGCAGGGGGCUGACACCGUCGUAUGGCUGGCCCUGGCCAGGGCUGCAGCCAAGACUCCCAGCGGGCAGUUCUUCCAAGACCGCCGCGCUGUGCCAGCCCACCUGCCCCUGGCCUGGACCUACAGCACCCAAGAGGAGGUCCAGAUGUUGGUGGCCCGGCUGGACACACUGGCUCAGUCUGCUCGGCCUGAGAGCCAGUCCAGUGGCAGCCAACACUCUUCCACACCAAACUGAGUGGCCAUGCUGAGAUUUGACCCAGCCAGCACACUCACUUACCCAGAAUAGAUAUCUACAUCUCUGUAUCACUAUGGGCUGCGGCUUCUUGAAAGCUGUUCAUGUGGUCUAAUUGAGAAUUUAAAUUAUUUGGACAAUUUAUAGCAAGCAGCCUGACUCAGUGCUGUGAUCUGGUUAUCAUUCUAAUACACCACUGCUCAAUUCUAAGAAGAUAUUACUGUAGCUAAUUAUAUUUGGGGCCAUUUUGCAACUAAAUUGACUGCAGUUUACACUAAUGUAGACAUGAUUACGUGGGUGGGCCAGAUCAGAUGUUAGGUGGGUACAGUUCUGGGUGUUGGGUCUACAUCAUUACCUUCCUCAGGAGGUCCCAUGCCACCAGAACAGCUUGUGACUAACACCACCAGUGCUUUUCCGCAGGGAUUUGUCACACUACAGUGGGUGAUGACAUUGAGACUAAGUUUCUCAUUCAGAUGUUCUGUUGUGAGACACUGCUCUGGUUAAAACAAUGAGUGGACAUUUUCCAAAUGAUUAAAUGAAUAUAACGUUAUCAGGUUAUUUGACCAGUCCAUAAUCCUAUACUGUUGCUUCUUUGAAAAUAAAGCGGUGUGUCUGAAAUGGGUUCGACAAGUAAAUGUGAAAAACAGGGACACACAACGUCAAUAUUCAAUAUUUUUAUUUCCUUUUUGUAGCAAUCCACAUUUGCUGUUUUGUUUUGUUUUUAUUAAUUCAUUUUCUCAUUUUUGUACAGUAUUGAAAACAAAAAAAAAAAUAAUAAUGUGGUGCAUUCACAUUUUUCCCAAGGGAUUCUUUUUAAGGUUGAUCUCUACAAGGGUAAAACAGUGAAAAGCUUGAAGCUGCUGAAUCCUCCCAUGUUGAUACUCACGGAGGGUGGGGGGUAAGAAGAGUGGGGGCCUUGAUUUAAAAUCAUCUACGACACUUGGUUUUCGUUGACAUUUUAUUAAACCGUUUACAUCUGGUUUUAUUUCAUUUUUCUUUUGUAAGGGGUGAUGAGUCAGCUUACCAGCGUUUAUCUUUAAAAGGAACUUCCCAGUCCAUGCGAACAACCGUCCAAAAAAAAACAA